AUGCAAAAUGGCAUCUCUCCGAGGCCUCCAAGCUCGGCGCUGCCCCAGCGCGUGUGGGCCUCCUCGGCCGAGCGGACCUACAAGUCUGCCCAGGCCCUUGUCCGGGGCCUGGAGAUGGACAACAACACCAUAAACAGCUGUCUGGCCUACUCGUCCGCGUCGGCAGCGAGCAGUCGGCGGUAUUCAAGGACAGGUGCCAACUCCGACUUGGGCGGCAGCGAGGCGGCCAUCAACGAUACGAUGCCCCUCGGCCGCAUCAACCGGCGGCGGGCGUGGCGGAGCUCGCACGCGCUGCCCUUCCUGGACAACAUCGCGCUCGAGCGGCUCAACUGCACGACCAGCCCGGGUUUCGCCAACGGCGACUACUACCGCGCCGUCGUCAACGGCGCGCUGCAGGACCUGCCCGACGGCUGUGGUGACGGGCCGGGCACGAGCUGCUCGCGCGGCCGGGUCGCGGCGUAUGUGCGGGGGCGGGCGCGGCCAGAUUCGGCGGAUUCUUCGAGAGGUGCGGCGUCUAGUUACGCAAACGCCACCGACGUGCUGACUAUCUACUCGGAUUCCCGGGUUGGGAACGGCACGGCGGUUGGGAAGAGGUCGUUGUGGGAAGAGAGAGUAACGAGGCUUAUCGCGGAGCACUAG